AUGCAACCGGACUCCCGAUAAAAGAGCUUGUUAUGCCACUAAUGGGCAGCUCCAAGGUGCGAAAAGACACGAAACUGACACGGGGACAGGUAUUGGUAUUGGUUAUUAGAAGAAAUUAGGAUUUUUUUAUUUAUUUUAAAUAAAAGUGAAAAUGAGGUGGAAAUGAGAUGACAAUUUUAAAAAUAUUUUUUUUUUAAAUUGCCACAUCACACAUUUUAACGGUCAACUUUUAGAGUUGACCGCCACGUAAGCAAAAGUUAACGGAGUUGGACGGAGAGUGACCAAACGUAAACGAUUUCCGUAAAAUAAAGUAUCACCAAUGAAUUUAAAUAUUUUGAGUGACCAAACUUGAACGUUUUUUGUAAUCUCAGUGACCAACAAUGCAAUUAACCCAUAAUUGGCGGAUAUGCAAUUCCAACCCAUUCCAUUAUAUGUAUGAAUUUGGUGUAAAUAAUCUAAGCUUAUGAUAUGUUUGGUGAUCCACUUUGAUAUUUUGUUUCGGAUUUGUCACUAAUUUUUUUUUUUAUUGUAUUAGCGGUUACUUGGUUUAAAUAUAUCAUCAUUAAUCACCAACCCUACAUAGUUGUAUGUCCAUCGGCUGCAUUUCUAACUCUAAUGUUCUGCAGAAUACUGUAUUAAUUGAGAAUAGGGAUGGCCAAAAUGAGACUAACUCCUAAAUAGCCGUCCAAGUCCAAAUCUGACUUGACUAAGUAGAAUAAAGUUCGAAUUGAAUGAACUAGCUCUGAUGAUUUGAAAAAAAAAGUCGAACACGGUUGCGGAUAUUGUCGAUAAUUGGUGGGAAUAAUUCCUCUUUUGGGCCGCUUCACCUAUCCUUAUGGAACGGUCCGUGGAGCAUCUGUCUUGGUUUUAGCCCCAUCUCCUCGGGUCACGUGGUGCUGGGGAAUGCUGGCCCAUGGGGUUUCAAGUCGCGGCUCUACGUUCUCAACAUGAGUGGAGCAUCUGUCUUGCGAUCUAUGGGUACUGGUAUUCUUGUGGCCGUAGCACCUCUGCCGCUCGCGCUGAAUCCGAUCUAUGGGAGUACUGUUUUCGGUGGUGGUCAAUCCUAAAUUCGAGGAUCCUAAUAAGAAGCGCAAGAAGAUUUUGGUCGGGGCGAUGAGUUUGAAGGAUUUGGCUGGGCUAAACCACCCAGCAAACAUGACUCAGCGUCCCGCAAGUCUCCAAGAGUUCGUCCCGUCCCUGGAGAAGCUGGAAGAUUUUCUUACUGCCGAAUACUCGGGGUAUUUAGGGGGUAAGGGAUGGGUGAUGGCGCUGGACCCUCAUGACAAGAUGGUGUUGAAUUUAAGGAUCAUCUCUUGACCUGCAAGUUUGAACUGUUCGAAAAGCCGAAAGAUGCUGCUGCUGCUGCCGCCUGCUCGAAUGGCAAAUCAUCAAGUCGUGACUAUGACUGCAACAUUUUGUCUCAUAAGCUCUACGUAGACUGCUUCCCUCACAACUCGGAACCUUUAUAUACCUUCACUCCUGCAGACUACUAUCGGGUGCUUAUGUAGACAGACUACCAUCAAUAUAUAUGUAUCCAGUUU